AAGUACAAAAUAAAAUAAAAAUAUAUGAUAGAACAGAAAUACAAAAUAAAUCAGAAAUAGAAACACAAAAUAAAAUAAAAAUAUAUGAUGAAAUAAAAAUGCAAAAUAAAUUAGAAAUAGAAUCACAAAAUAAAGUAGAUAUAUUUGAUAAAUUAGAAAU